AUGUUAAAAUUAAGAACUAUUUUAAAUACCCAAAUAUGGCGUACUGGAGGAUCAUCAGUACGCCUGUUGCAUGUUGGUGAGGCCAAUGUCUUGCCGACUGCUGUUGAUAGGAACUCAGCCGAAUUCAAGGAAAAUGAAAAAGAUAUGUCAAACUUGGUCAAUGAACUGCGUUCAAUUACAAGUGAAGUGUUGACAGGUGGCGGUGCCAAGGCUAUUGAACGUCAUACUUCAAGAGGUAAACUUUUGGCUCGCGAACGUAUCAACAAGUUGUUGGACAAAGGUUCUCCCUUCCUGGAAUUGAGUACAUUAGCUGGUUACCAAUUAUAUGGUUCCGAAGUUGUUAACUCCGGUGGCAUUGUUACCGGUAUUGGCCGUGUUUGUGGUACUGAAUGUGUUGUUGUUGCCAAUGAUGCCACAGUCAAGGGUGGUUCCUAUUAUCCCAUAACAGUUAAGAAACAUUUACGUGCCCAAGAAAUUGCUCAAGAGAACCGUUUGCCAUGCAUCUAUCUUGUGGAUUCUGGCGGCGCCAAUUUGCCACGCCAAGACGAAGUCUUCCCCGAUAAACUGCAUUUCGGUCGCAUUUUCUACAACCAGGCCAAUAUGUCUGCUUUGGGCAUACCACAGAUUGCUGUUGUUAUGGGUAGCUGUACUGCUGGUGGUGCCUAUGUCCCCGCCAUGGCCGAUGAAAGUAUAAUUGUUAAGAAACAGGGUACCAUCUUCUUGGCUGGUCCACCUUUAGUUAAGGCAGCAACCGGCGAAGAAGUUUCGGCUGAAGAUUUGGGUGGUGCCGAUUUGCAUUGCAAGACAUCUGGUGUAACCGAUCAUUAUGCUGUCGAUGAUGAACAUGCUUUGUAUUUGGCCCGCCAGGUUGUGAGCAAUUUAAAUUUACCCGCCACCAAUAACUAUGACGACCAAUUGAUGUACUCCAGCAAGAAAGCGAUAAAGGCAUCUAUCACUAAUUCCAUUGAAAAUGCUAUUGAGGAACCCAAAUAUGAUCCACGCGAGCUGUAUGGUAUUGUUGGUCCCAAUCUCACCAAGAGCUUUGAUGUUCGUGAAGUUAUUGCCCGCAUUGUUGAUGGCAGCCGUUUUACGGAAUUCAAGAAAAUGUAUGGUGAGACUUUGGUGUGUGGUUUUGCCAAACUCUAUGGUCACACUGUGGGCAUUGUUGGCAAUAAUGGUGUGCUGUUUUCGGAGAGUGCUCUGAAGGGUUCCCAUUUCAUUCAGUUGUGUGCUCAACGCAACAUUCCCUUGGUAUUCUUGCAAAAUAUCACCGGGUUUAUGGUUGGCCGCGAUGCUGAGGCUAAUGGCAUUGCCAAGAAUGGUGCAAAAAUGGUCACCGCUGUGGCAUGUGCCAAUGUUCCAAAGUUCACUGUCAUAAUUGGUGGUUCUUAUGGUGCUGGCAAUUAUGGUAUGUGCGGUCGUGCCUAUUCCCCUCGAUUCCUUUACAUGUGGCCCAACUCUCGCAUCUCGGUUAUGGGUGGCACCCAGGCUGCCAAUGUUAUGGCUCAAAUUACAGCCGAUCAAAGAAAACGUGAAGGCAAGGCAUUCUCCGAAGAUGAAGCCAAUAAACUGAAGGCUCCCAUUAUUGAGAAAUUCGAAAAGGAAGGUUCUCCCUAUUAUAGUACUGCCCGUUUGUGGGAUGAUGGUAUCAUUGAUCCCGCCAAUACACGUCAAGUUUUGGGUUUAAGCUUAAAGGCGGCCCUUAACAAUCCCGGUAAUGGUACCAAAUUUGGUGUAUUCCGUAUGUAA